UUAAAUUUUAUUAUGCCAACCUGCAACCACUUAAUAAAAUUGCAGUAAUUUUUACUUCCAUUUUGUUUUGUUUUAAAUAAAAUGUUUGACAUUGCUGGUCGAUAUGAAUAUUACAAGAGUGAAAAUUGUGACGCGUUUUUUAAAACAACUGUCCCAGAAGCUAAAUCAAUAGCUAAUCUACAAGCUCAAAUUGAUAUAGUUCAACAUGGAAAGUCCGGGGUUUACGAACUGACUCACACUUUGCCCAAUAAAACGAUUCAAACUGUUUUCAAGUUAGGUGUACCAUUCUUGGAUGAAGUACCUACGGGCAAUGUUUUUCAGAGUGUAGCAACUUUGGAUGGGAAUAUUUUGAGAAUUAAAUCUACAUUCAAUGGAGAAGAUUAUGGUGGACGUGAUUUGGAGUUUAGUAAAGAGGGUUUGACAGUUACAAUUCUGGUUCCUCAUUUUACACCGCUCAAAGCAGUUCGUUAUUAUAAACGUUUGAUUUAAUAUCAAAUAUCUGCUAAUCAACUUAUAUGUUAAUAUGUUUAUGUUUAAUUGUAAUUAAUGCAACUAUAUAGCAAUGUUAAUACCAGAUAAGUGAUGAAUUUAGUAGACUUAUAUUAGAUAAUAAAUAAAUACAAAAAAACAUAUAAAUAAACUGACUAAAUUGAA